AUGGGAUUCUUGAUACAGGACAUCAAUAUGAUAAAGUGUGCUUUAGCAUUAAUGAGUCAUUUAAAUUGGCGAAAACGCCUUGCUUUUGAUCAUUUCAUGGGACAUGGUGGAAGUGAUGGCGUCCAUGGAUACAUGUAUUCCCUUGAUGCUGCAGUCAAUGACUUGAAAAUUGUUUUUUUGUAUAGAAAUCAUGGGAUCUGUGAAAAAAAUCCUUCCGUUGUUGUGCAUAGACCAAUUACAAGAAAGAUUGCUACUCAAAUUUCUAACCAAAACCAACCUUGUCAAGUGGAAACUAAGAAGCCAGUACAGAAUUCAUCAUCGAUUAUGAUUGAAAAAGUAUCAAAUAAGGUCAUUAUAGAUGUAGAUGAAUAUAGAGCAGAUAGUUCCUUCUCCGUUCCAAUGUUUGUGAAGUACACUGAAGCAAUUCUUGAUGAAGUCGAAAUCUUCGAGGAUAUUGACUUAAUGGAAGUUGAGAUGGAGGAUAUUGUUGAAGAACUCAUUAUGGAUAUUGAUAGUUGCGACUCAAAGAACACACUUGCAGUUUUAGAUUAUAUUGAUGACAUAUAUGCUCACUACAAGAAAACUGAGAAUUCUAGUUGUGUAUCUCCCAACUAUAUGGUUCAGCAAUCCGACAUCAAUGAGAAGAUGAGGGUCAUCCUAGUUGAUUGGUUAAUCGAGGUGCAUUAUAAAUUUGAGCUCAUGGAUGAGACAUAUUUUCUGCAUUUUGAUCCAUAG